CUUUGAGUGUUGUGACGUUUUUCAUUUCGUGUUUAGUAAAAUGUGGCUAAAAUGUGGAAUUUUAAUUUUGACCAUUGUGUCAAAUAUACAGAAUGUAGGCACCCAGGCUCCAAUCUUGACAUCCAACGCAACAUCGGUGAAGGUCAACGAAGCCUUACAAUUAAACUGCAUUUAUCCGAAUAUAACAGUUGUAAGAUGGUGGCUUCAACCAGCAGGGAAUACUAAAGUAACUUCUAUCCUUGCAAUGUCUAACAACAACACCUGUGUCUUUGUACCUUCCACCAUACCAGAUGUAUUUUCGACCUGUGUAUGCAGCGGAACGACAUUUACGUGUACAUUGAGACCCUUGAACACAACUAAUCAUGGGGACAUAUGGAAAUGUUCGGUUGCUAUGAAUACAGACGCAAUAUUCAGUGAUGUAAUAACACUAAAUAUUACAGUUCCCGUUGUAUAUGCAACACUGACCCCAGACGUACCAGAAAUAUCCAUCUUACCCAACGUGGUGAUAAGCUACAUACGCUGUGUAUCAUCAGUCGGACGCCCAGCACCCAGUAUCACGUGGUACUUGGAUAACAAAACUCAUUCUGACUACAGUGAUGAUGGGGAUCUUACUGGUAAUAGCAGCAGUUUAACAUCGGAAGAUGUGACGACAAGCAGUCUGACAUUAACGCCUACCCUUAACUAUCAUGAUGCAAGGAUAUAUUGUAAUGUCUCAAACGGAUUUGGGCAAAUCAUGUCUAACAGGACUCUGAAAAUCAAUGUGCUGAGCAUUCCAACUAAGCCGACAAUAAUGUACAAUACGGCAUUUGUACCAUCAAAUAUAUCUGUAAUUCAAAACAGUACCAUGACGCUAGAAUGUGCCUCGUCUGGCAACCCGGCGCCGAGCAUUUCGUGGGCUACAUUUAACGGCUCUCUAAUUAGCAGCUCGUUCAUAACAAUAAAAUUUGCAACAAGUAACGAGCAAGAACAAAUCGUAUGCAGAGCCAACAGUUCGCUGGAUCCAACGAAUGGAUCCAGGAUACCAGCUGAAAAUACAACAGCGUUAAAUGUGAAUAUUUUAUAUCCGCCGUCUGCUCCGUCCUGUCAAAUCAAAACUUUUCCGAUACUAUCAAACAGUAUACGGGCUGUCUUCAAUGAACCCUUUACAAUGACGUGUACCAGCAAAAGCAAUCCUCCUCCGUCACGGUAUGCAUGGACGCUGCCAUAUGAUGUAAAGCAGAAUGGGUCACAGCUUUCAAUUCAACGUAUGCAGCCAAGCAAUAAUUUUCGAUACACACUUGAAGUAGUAAAUGAAAUGAAUGCAACUCUCGCACGGGAUGUUGUUUACGGAAAUAUCACUGACUCCUACACAUUUGAAAUUUUAUAUCCAGUGACCAAUCUUUCUAUCCAUCACCGUGGGCAAGCCAAUCAACACAUAAACAUUCCAACUAUAAGCGUUAUUAAAGGUCGAGAGAUCAGUUUCGGAUGCAAUGCUUUUUCUAAUCCGGCAUCGCGUUAUUCUUGGAUAUUAAGUGGUAUUAUAGUUGCAAACGGAACUAAAUGGAACAUCAGUUUUGUCGACAACACUAUCAUUGGGUGUAUUGCAACAAAUACACUCGACCCUGCUGCAGUAGAAGCUAGGGACACUUCAAGUUCUUCGAAUGUUUCCGUCAAUGUAUUGUUUGCACCUGAGGCGCCAAAAUGUACUUUCCAAACGUGUGAAACGUAUUCCGAAACAAAACAUCUUAAGGUGAUUCGUGGCCAUUCCGUCUCGGGUAGAUGCACGUCGAAGAGUGAACCGGGUUCAAAGUUCUUAUGGACACCGGUCAAUAGUGGAAUUGAUGAUGGCUUCUUUAUCGACAACGUCAGUAGACACCACAGUGGCAACUACACAUGCAUAGCCAAUAAUGAAAUGCACACAACAUUCGAUGGGAUUAUAAAUGGAACAAAUCAGUCCAGUUUUUAUCUAGACGUCUUAGCACCAGCAUAUGCUAUGUUCGUUGGCAAUUAUACGGUUUUAUUGAACACAACGUUAUCUGUAACUUGUCCCUUCACGCCUGGAAACCCACCAGAGACGAGAUUCACGUGGUUCCACGGAAAUACUUCAACAAUCGGCUCUCAACAAAAUCUUUCGCUGUCGAGUGUGAAGCUCUCAAACGAAGGGUACUACAAAUGUAGAGUUAACAGCACUAUGGACCCUACGGGUUGUGCCACCCAGGAGGCAUACACAGAAACAACAUUUUACGUGGAUGUGCAAUAUCCUGCUAACAUAAGAAGAUUUUAUGCCGACGGGUCAAAUUUCUCAUCAAGUAUAACCAUAAACGAAAGUCAGUCUGUGACGCUACUCUGUGAUGUUGACAGCGAUCCUUUAGCAAAACUAGAACUUGUAAAUAUUACGAAAGGUGAUGAGCGCUUAUUAAUGGAUGCCCACAACAACACAAUAUCCGCUCAUUUGUCCAAUGCGCGAUGUGAAUAUGAUAUGGGAGUCUAUCAAUGUAAAGGAAAGAACAUCCAUAAUGCAGUUCAACAGAUUCGCGAACUAGAGAUCAAAAUAACUUGUUCACCAAGAUCUUCACCAUUUUCUCCAUCGAUUGCUACAGUAUAUAGAAGAAGAAAUUCAUCAGCUAUUUUAACUUUCACUAUCGUGGCCUAUCCUCCUCCAAAUGACACUUCAGCAUAUGUUUGGCGUAAGCAGGUAGAUGGUGAAUGGGAUACACUGCACAAUAACAGCAGGUUUAGAAUUCUUAUAUCAAAUGACAGUCUGCAGACAAACCUUUCCAUAUCGCAACUUCAAAUUGGUGAUUUUACAAACUAUUCUGUCCGUGUGAACAAUAGCUUCGGAUCUACAGAGCAAACAUUUGUCAUUCGAGCGAAUGAACAGCCAUCUAUGCCACAACAACUUCAUGUCAUCGACGCCAUGGUGACUGAAAGUUCUAUCGCAGUUCGAUGGAUACCUGGAUUUGAUGGUGGAGAAGAACAAUUGUUCGUAAUCGGUUACAAAAAGUCAGCCGAUGUAACCUGGACUUACAUAAAUGUGUCUUCAACACUUAAUCGAUUUAGCAUUGGUAAAUUAGUUGCGGGCACCAAGUAUGACAUAAAAGUGUAUGCAUGCAAUACAAUUGGAAAAUCGGAUGAGACUUCUGUACUUAGUGUGAUUACAAAGUCUGCUAGUUCAGAUGAUGGAAGAUAUUCACCUGUGGCGGCUAUUGGAGGUGGAGCUGGAGGUGGGAUUGCGGCAGUAAUUAUCAUCAUUGUUGUUGUUGUUGUUGUUAUAAGGAAACGUAGAAACAAUGAAACAAAGAAAGGACAUCCGCAAAGGACCUCCAAGUCUAAGAAAACGCAAGAUACAGUGUAUGUAAACACCUUGUUUGGGUCUGCAAGUGAAGAGGAAGUCAGGAAAGAAGCAACGGCUGGUACUAUAAAUGAUUCAACCAAACAGCAUGACAAUAACAAAUCAUCGCCUCAAUUGGGGGACGGACUAGACGGACUACAAAGGACCCCGUCCUUUGUAAUUGUACAUGAACCAUUGUAUGGCAAUGCCGUUGAUUUCACGUUGAAGAUUCGGUCUAUACAAAUCCAGGAGCUUCGAGUCUUUACUUUGCAAAGUAAAGAAGACCCGACAGAUAUAUUCAGAAAUUUCUACUCUCUGGACACGGGACUUAAAUACGAAACGUCCGCUGCUCGUAUCGAGGGCAAUGUGCCAAAGAAUCGGUACAGAAAUAUGUAUCCUUAUGACAAAAAUAGGGUUGUUCUGCCUGCUAUUGACGGUGAAGGAUCCGAUUUUAUCAACGCCAGUUUUAUUGAUGGUUAUGGCAAAAGAAAGAAAUACAUCGCAGCGCAAGGACCAUUAGAACGCACGAUACCAGAUAUUUGGCGCAUGAUUAUGGCAGAAAAUAUAAAAGCUGUGGCAAUGGUGACAAAAACAAUUGAAGAGAAAAAGCGGAAGUGCUACCAGUACUGGCCUGAUGAUACGCGCGACCCUUGCAAGCAUGGACAUUUUAAUAUAUCAUUGAUUGAACAAGAGGACUACGCCGACUUCGUAAUACGAAAACUUCAAUGUUCACAUGAACGGUCCAAGAAGGUGCACACGGUUUAUCAGUGUCACUUCACUGCAUGGCCCGACAAAGAUGUUCCAGACACAGCUAUAUCGUUGUCACAAUUCUGGCGCAAAGUGCGCUCUUUUGCCGACACUGUGACGAGCCCUUUGCUUGUACACUGCAGCGCUGGCGUUGGGCGAACCGGUACCUUUAUUGCGCUUGAUUAUCUGUACGAUCAAGGGAUCGCGGUGCGCGAAAUAAACGUGUAUGAAGCUGUUAAAGCACUGAGGGAACAACGUAUCAACAUGGUGCAGACAAAGAACCAGUAUCUGUUCUUACAUGACGUUCUGUGUGAAGUAUUAGAUCCGAUCGAAAAUGUUGUCCAGAACAAAGAAUAUCUGACGACAUACCUCGUGAUGCAUAGUGGUAUCGGCAACGAAUUCAAGACUUUCCGAGAACGGAACAAACUGAUCUUAACACCUGGAGCAACAGACGGGUGCACAGACCUGGAUUUCCUGUGGUUACUGCACGACUAUAAACUUAAAACAGUCGUUGUACUUAAUGAAAAGCACGAAAGUUUUGAUGUUCGAUUUCUCCUCUUCUCGUCGUGGCAAAAGAAGACCAAAGUGUGCAAGAUAUCAGAUAUAAUGCAUUUGUUGAUUGGUGCCCAAGACCUUACGACUGAUUGUCCAAUGGUUGUCCAGUGUCGUGACGGAUACACCCGCAGUGGUCUGUUCGCUGUUUUGUGGUGUAUUGUAGAGAGGAUUAAACGGGACGGGGAAGUGGCCGUGGCUGAAAGCGUUAGGAUGGCCAAGCGUCGAUGUAAACGAAUUAUUCCUAAUGAGGUGAUAGGAGAUGCGCGCUCAAAUCUUGUUAAAUCAGGCCAAAGAACUCAGGCAGGUCGUCUGCCAUAUGCACCCAUCAAAGCUAUAGCCCACCCAGCCUGCGCCUCUCAGUCUGGACAGGAGAUACAUAAUGAGUCCAUAAAAACUUGA